UGUGCUGUGACCCCAGAGGUCACACUGGUGGUACUUCCUAUACCUCAGAGUAUGAGGAUAAGCAUAUGAAUCAUAGAGCAACAGCGUCACACACACAUACACACACUCACACACACACACACUCACACACAUCUGGAAACCAUUACCAGCGAGCCAUGGAGGAGGCGGCCUCCCUCACGCUGAUCCUACCAAGCUGCUGAGCAUGUCUAGGACAUCAGAAGAGCACUGAACACUCAACACGGCAACAUAGCUCCCUCAGGAUUCCUCUGGAGCAGACUGGAACUGGGUGGAUUCGUACUGGUGCUUUCUAUGGCUUCUGGUUAUCACAUUACCAGAAGAGCCACUCCAGCACCGGGCAGUAGAGUGAUUUACAUUAAGCGGGGAGACAGAGAGAGAGACACAGAGAGAGAGAGAGAGAGAGAGAGAGAGAGACAGAGAGAGAGAGACAGAGAGAGAGAGAGAGAGAGAGUAGAGGAAACCCGUGCAGCUUGAGGAGUCUCUCCAGGAUCUCAGUUGAGAGUUCUUCCAGAUGAGAAGGCAGCAGCUCCUUCAGCACCAUGCAUCUACCUGACGCACCCAGGAUGUUCUUACUGCUGGCUUUCCUCUCUUCCCUCCUCCCCCUGAGCUCCUUCACCCAGCCAGACGACUGUCCAGUAAUCCGUCCAAGAUCGUUCAGGCUGGUGAUCCAGUGUAACUUCACCACCUUGAAGGACAAGCAGAAGGAGGAGAUUAAGGCUCCCACUCUGGUGCUGUACGUCCCAAUCCUGUACCUGAUAGCCUUCACCAUCGGGCUGCCUGCUAACCUGCUGGCUCUGUGGGUCCUCCUGUUCCACACCAAGAAGCUGCCGUCCACCACACUCCUCAUCAACCUGACGCUCUCCGACCUCCUGCUGCUGCUGGUGCUUCCCUUCCGCGUAGUCUACCACUUCCAGGGCAACGACUGGGCCUUCGGCGAGCCUUUCUGUCGCGUGGUCACGGCUCUCUUCUACGGGAACAUGUACGGCUCAGUGCUGUGCCUGGCGCUGGUGGCCUUUGACCGCUACGUGGCGCUGGUGCACCCGUUUGGAGCCAAGACGCUACGAAGCCGUCGUACGUCUGCCUGCAUGAGUGUUGCGGUGUGGGUCGUCGCGUUAGCCGCGAUGCUACCGCUGCUGAUGUCGAAGCAGUCCUACAAACUGGACGACCCUGACAUCACUACCUGCCACGACGCCUUGCCUGAAUACGAGCAGGAUAAUUAUUUCUUACCUUACUUCGCCACCCUCUUCUCUGUUUGUUUCCUGCUCCCUCUCCUGCUCAUCCUGUUCUGCUACGGGGCAGUGAUACGCACCCUGCUGGCUGGAGGCCAGCGCUACACCCACGCCGUGAGAGUGACCGUGCUGGUGCUGGUGGUGUUCGUGGUGUGUCUGCUGCCCAGCAACAUCCUCCUCCUGCUGCACUACUCUGACUCCUACCUGAUUGAAGACGAGGAGGAUCUGUACGUACCGUACAUGGUCAGCCUGGCGGUCAGCACCUUCAACAGCUGCAUCGACCCCUUCAUCUUCUACUACGUGUCGGAGGACUUCCGGGAGAAGGUCAGGAAGGUCGGCUGUUGUUGGGACGCGGACAGAGACUCCUCCUCCUCGGGGAACCACGUGACCUAUUCGUCGUCCUCUGCAAAGUCAAGGUCAAAGGUCACGCUGCUGUCGAAAUCAAGUGGAGAAGGGACGCUGUCGUCGGAGGCCGGGAAGGCGUGAGAGAUGAUCUGCAUCCUCAGACAUGGACCAAGCUCUUGAUUCAGAAUCUUGUGCAUCUUUGUCAUCUCUAUUUUUGUUCAUGUUUAUUUGAGAUUCUGAUACACAUGAUCUGUCUACUGUUUAUGUCGCUGUGAUGUAUGAUGGUGUAUUGUUUGCAGUCAGUAUAUGGAAUGGACAGCGUUCCUGUUGACACGCUUUUAAUGUAAGGAGGAAGGACAACCUCUGCCAAGGUUUGUGGAUUUUCAUUAAAGAUGCAGGUUUAGUUAGAAAUGAAAAUACUCAAAGAUGUGUUAUAAUACACUAUUCAAAUCAAAAACGUUAUUAACUUCUAUCCACAACGUAUCGUCUUAUUGUGGUCUUUUCUGAAUCAUGACACUGUUCCUAUACUGACAGAAACGGCUCAUAUGAAACUGUGAGUCGGUUCCAGGUAACCACUGGUCUGUCCCAGGGUGAGGUCAGGUGAUCACAGAACAUUAAAAGACCUGUUUGAAGUGGUGUUUUUUUGUUGUGUUGUUGUACUGUAAUUGUGUGUUUUGAACUCCUCCAUUCAUCAUUACUCCACAACUGGGCAUGUUUGCCUAAUAAAAGCAUGGACAUGGGUUAAAAAUUGCCAUCUGCCAUCUAGAAUAGAAUGUAGCGUGUGAACUGCACAAAUAAAAUGUUUCACCAUAUGCACUUGUGAGUAAACAAAUGGAAGUUGUUUCAGGGCAAAUUUGGUUUGCUCAUUCUUGAUUUCUCUUUAAGUGUUUGUGUAUAAAACCAUGUAAACCGUGUUAUUGGUUUGAAUGUGCUCUUUCAAUGUGCAAAUAAAGAAAGUCUGACAUCACCCAGUACCUGCCAAGUGAAGACAUGUGCUUGCUUAUCAUGACUACGAUUGUUUAAAGUAGUAUCCCCAGCAGUGGAACUGGUAUACCAGAGGAAGAGACAGAACAGAACUAACAGAUGGAACAUUCCAACAGUUCCAAUAGCUCUGGUUGAGUGUAGCCGCUAAAUAUUUACAUACAUACUCACAUAAACAGAAUAGGAUAAAAACUUCUAUAACUAACCAAACAAAGACAUUUUAGACUGGAAAAAGUUGUUGGAUGCAAUGGUGGCUCAGAACUUAAUCUUUCAACUGUACAUUUACAACAGGUCAAAACACUUGGCCAAUAAUUUUUUAAUAAAUGUAUUUCCUCGACUCCACACGCUCAUUCUUUAUACAGAGAGAGCCGAAGCUGCAACUGAAACGUCUUCUUCAGGACAAAUGUGAGUGUUGAUAAGGGCUAUCAUGGCACCACAGGGUCUGCCAGCCGGGUGAAUGAUACCCUGGCUGACGUGUGCUGGGUGGAUCUACAUGGGAAUAUCUGCUGUCACUUCAGUUUGGAUUCGAAACAUCUAACUGGGUAACUACACAGUCUGCUACUCUCUCUGACAGCGUUAUGGAUCUCAACACAGUGACUCAGAGCGAAGAGCUGUCCGCUGUGGGCCUGCUGUCCCUGCUGGUCUCCCUGCUGGUCGUGGUCACAGCCACAACAUGGUGGGUUUACACACAGAGGAGGGGGGAGGAGCCUCUGAUGCCCAUUAACCAGGAAGAAGAAUCCGUGUUCAAGAAGCCCCUUCCACCCUCCCCCCAAAAAACCUCAUGCCCAACCGUAACAGAGGGAGACAUGGAGGAGGAAGACGAGGAUGGUGAAAGAGAGGAGGGAGGGCAAGGAGGAGAGGUAGAAGAGGAAUAUACUGACCUGGAAGUUGUUAAUUAGAGUAGUUAGAGGGUUUUAAGAGAUAAAUAAAGUAUAUGUGGGAUCAGUUGUAUAAUGUUGGUGACCGAUGAAAAUAUUUUGCUUUGUUAUGCCUGCCUUUGUACCUCCAUUCAUUUUUUUAUAAUACUUUCUGUUGUAUUAUAGCACCUUCAUUAAAGAGUUUCAGAUGCAAUAUUUAAA